GACGACGAUAAGCAGUUCUUUAAAUAGAGAUGACAGAACCUACAAUAACAGUUUUUUAAGAACAAAAUGUCACUAUACAAAUAUAUCAAAGCUAUAAACCUGACUUCUAAAAAACCAAACAGUCCCCUUCAAUAUUAAGCUUCCCUUGUGCUUUCGUUUUCUAGUGGAUUUUUCUUUUUGUUGCUGUCGGUGAACGCAUUCCCAGCACGGCUCAGGUGUGCCUGGACCGACCUGUCUUUUGGAAGUUUCAAACACGGAAGUUUCAGGACUCAUCACGACUCAUUUUCAUACGCUCUUGCACAGGGGUGUGUUCGGUACGCUGGCUUCCCUGACGUGUUUUUCUUAGGCUGAAUUAAAAGGUCAAAUCUGUUGACAGUGAGCACUUCUAAAUAGCUCUUUUGGACGUCAGGAAACCAGGUUCCAGCGGGAGUCCGACCCAAUGGCACCCGCAGGACCGGCGGAGGGAGCGGGGCUCGGGGAAAGCCUGACGAUUGACGGCAGCACGGAAAAGUUGAGCUCCCCUGCUGUCAAUCGCAUUCUGAUGGAGUUCCUGAUUUACUUUGGUAGAGCCGUACUCGUUUUCUAUCCCGUGUACCUGACGGGAUACCUGGGCCUCAGUAUCAGCUGGGUUCUGCUGUGCAUGGUGAUGGUCUCCUGGUGGAAGAAGAAUCGCCAAUGGAAAGACGCCCGGAUCGGAACCGCCAUCGAGUUUGUGGAUAAUGAAGCGAAUCUGGUCCACAAGGAGCUGCAAAGUGCCUUACAAAUGGCAACAUGGGUCCAAUUUCCUGAUGUUGAGAAAGUUGACUGGGUUAACAAGGUGUUGGAGCAGGCCUGGCCGUUCUUUGGGAUGUACAUGGAGAAGUUCCUUACAGGAAACAUCCAGUCAGCCGUCAGGCUCUCCAGCCCCGCGCUCAAAACGUUCAAAUUUACCAAAAUCCACUUUGGACACAUACCUCUCAGGAUCACUGGAAUGAAGGCGUACACGCAUGAGGUGGAUCAGAGGGAGGUGAUUCUGGACCUGAAUGUAAGUUACGAAGGUGAUGUGGACAUCGACGCUGUGGUGAAGGAGCCAAUCACAGCUGGUGUCAAAGGACUUAAGUUCAAGGGGAUGCUGAGGGUCAUUUUAGAGCCACUUAUUGGUGAUUCACCGCUGGUGGGAGGAGUCACUUUCUUCUUCAUUCGCCGCCCUAUCCUUGAAAUCAACUGGACUGGCAUGACCAACGUUUUGGACAGCCCUGCCUUCAGUUCAUUGUCUGAGAAGACCAUCAUUGACAUCAUUGCCUCGCUUAUGGUGUUGCCCAACCGCAUGUGUGUGCCCCUCAUAGACCAGGUCAAAGUGGACCAGAUGAGGUUCCCAUUACCUCGUGGUGUGGUUAGGGUCCACUUGCUGGAAGCCAGAGACCUGGUGGCUAAGGACACUUACAUGAUGGGUUUGGUGAAAGGCAAAUCAGACCCCUAUGCAACACUCAGAGUCGGCAACCGACAAGUCAAAAGCAAGACCAUCAAAGAGAAUUUGCACCCCAGGUGGAAUGAAGUGUAUGAGUUUGUCGUUCACGAAGCCCCUGGGCAAGAGUUAGAGGUGGAGCUUUAUGAUGAGGACACGGAUAAAGAUGACUUCAUUGGAAGGUAUAACCUUGAUUUGGGAGAAGUGAAGAGGGACAAAAAAAUUGAUGAGUGGUUUUCUCUGGAAGGCGUUCAGCAUGGAGACGUUCACCUGAAGCUCCAGUGGUUUUCUCUUAAGGCUGAUCCCAGCCUGCUGACAGAGUCAUCAGACGGCUUCGCUUGUGCUAUGCUUGCAGUGUAUCUGGACAACGCGUCAAACCUACCGAAAGACCACAGUGAGAUCAGUGAGCAUCACAAACAUGGGAAGCACGCGAAGGAAGCCCGGCUCACAAAGAGAACUGCCUGCCCAAACUCUUUUGUGGAAUUUUCCGUUGAUGAAAACAUUCAGAAAAGCAGGGUUGUGUAUUCAUCUAAGGACCCAGUGUGGGAGCAGGGAUUCACCUUUUUUGUGCAUAAUGUCAAAACACAGCAACUCACUGUUCAGGUCAAGGAGCACGAGAAGAAGACUCAGCUCGGCAUCCUUAAAUUGCCACUGAGUCGCCUCCUCAACACUUCCAACAUGACCAUUGACCAGCGCUUCUCGCUGGAACGCUCUGGAGCAAGCAGCCAGAUCAAGCUGAAAGCCACGCUCAGGAUUCUUACUGUGGAAAAUCCUCCACCCAAGAUGAGCCUCAAUCCUCCUCCACAAGGCAAACAACAAGGACCACAAACCAAUCAAGGAGGAAACGCCCAUGAAUCCGCUCCCGCCGUUGCUUCAUCUUCCUCUCAAGCACUUUCCCCCAACACCGCCCCUGCUGCCCAGUUCUCACCUAUGAACCGGGCAGCUGAUUUCCAGAGUGACUUGAAUGGAGACUAUCCAGCUCAUCGCCGCAGCUCCUUCCUGGCCUCUGAAGCCUCGCGGUCAUCUCAUUCUGCAUCAAACAUGCGACGAUUUGACUCUCACAGCCUGCUGUCGGAGAACUCCAUCGCUUCUUCGCGUUUCGACCUUUCAGAGGGAGCCCCGUAUCCAGAGGCCAUCAGGAAUCAUCAAGGUUCGUUUGGGGAGAUCCACCUGGUUAUACGCUAUGCCAUCCUGAGGAAAAAACUCGUGGUCACAGUUGAUGGCUGCAGGAACUUAUUCCCCUGUAGUGAGAACGGCACUGACUCUUAUGUCCGCCUGUAUUUGCUCCCUGACCAAUCCUGGAGACACCGCAAGAGGACACAUGUCAAGAAGAGGACAGUCAAUCCUGUCUUCAAUGACAAGUUUGAAUUUGAUGUGUCACUUGAAGAAGUACAACGCAGGAAGUUGGAUGUGUCAGUGAAAAAUAACAAGAUGUUCCACAUACGAGAGAGAAAGGACAUUGGCAUGGUGUUGAUCGAGUUCUCAGAAGUGGAUUUAGUCAAAGGCAUCACAGGCUGGUUUGAGCUCACACUGCCUGGGCUGAAGAAAUUUAACUAGUGGUGAAUUGUGACACAGCUUCAAGAGAAGCUCUUCUGCACCUUCAGGGCCAAAUGGUGGGCUGAUAAAUGCUUGGAGAGAUGCGUAUCCCUUUGCCUUCCUUGUCCACCUCAUGAUACUGGACAUAUUUGGUACUGCUUGUCAAAGUGUGUGGAAUCACUGGCACACAGAAUAAUAUUCCAUUCCACACCUACUUAAAGUCUUACUUGAAAUAAAAUGAUUAAGUGACUCUUAUCGCACUCAGAAAUAUUUCCCAUGAUUUAAUAAAAUAUACUACCGACAAUGUUAGCGUGUCCAGUUUGGGUUGACAAUCAUAAACCAAAUGAUUCUCAAUAAAAAUGUAAUUGCUAGCAUCUCUUUUUCAUGAAAAAAAAAAGUUUCAAAAAAUGUAUUAUAUUUGUACUUCUACUGUAUUGAUAAGGUGAUGUGUUUAUUUUGGAUAUUUUUUGCAAGAGGUUUGGCUUUGAGUUGAUCUGAGCCAAGGCUAUCCUUUUUGUUUGUUUUAAUGUAAAUAGUUGUAUUAAUGCUUUUUAUGUAAAAUAAAUAAAGGGAAAUCAAA